UGACCGACUUGUUGCACAAAACGAAACCUGGAAAAGAGUUCUCACAAACAAUGUGUCCAUGGGCUCAGUCCUUGAAUCAUUAGGAGACAACAAACUCUACAGAUUUAAUCAUCUGAUAAGCAGCCUCAGAGAUGAGGUUGAGAAAAAAUGCAACUUUAUAAAUGCCUAUCUCACUUUCUCAAAGCCUAGCAUGCAAAAAGAUGAUCCAUCAUACAUUCAGAGGGAUGUGUCAUCAUGCUACUUGAAGUAUGUUGAGCAUCCACUACCUGACCUGAUUUCAGAUAUCAUGGACAAAUGUGAAAAUGUGGAAGAGAACAUGUCACCAAGUGAUGAAGACACCCCUGAAUCUCACAUUGUUGCCCUCCUCAAAGAGUGGGCAGAGGACAACAAUAGUUCCCCUGACUUAACGUUAUCAAUUCGAAAGAGUGAAGACUCCUAUGAGUGUGCAUAUGCCAUGUACUUUCGAUCAAGGUACCUGCGUCCCUUAUUUUACCUUAGCAAAGAUGAGGCCCUGAGCAGAAUUGCCCCUACAAGGCUUGGUGAGUUUCUGCUGGAAAAUGAGGAUGCAACAACAGAAUUCAUCAAUUACAUGACCAACAACGAUAAGAUUUUUAAAGAUCUGAGAUUCCAAAAGAACCUCCUGACAUUUCAAGGAGUUGUCCGCAAUUACAAACUGUUUGCAGACUUAGGAGGAAAGGAGAUCAUGGUGAAUCCCAACAAACAAGACAGCCUCUGGAUUCAACGUGAGGUUUCCUUCUACCUUGGAUUCACCAUCAGAGGUCUGGUAGCCUUUAGUAUCCGGACCAAGAACACCAAACAGGGGCCUCUGAAAAGCUGUGCCUCUUGUGGCAGUGUCAUGGACUCCAACUGGACUGCAACCACACCUGCCUGGAGAACAGAGCAGGGUAUCCUGACCUACAGGUAAGAACAACACCUUACAAUGUCACAGCAUAAGGGAAAUAAAACAGUCAGGGCUGUGAAUUGUGACAUUUUUUUAAUGCAGAGGUUGCAGUCUGAAGCAGGACAGUUCAAAUGCAGUGUAUCUGGACUACGCUGGGUUUGUAAGAAAAAAGUCAUCUUCACAUACCAGUUUAAAACUUGGGAGGAACACCGACAGAAGCUGAACUUGGUGCACUGCAAACCAGGAGGUCCCCUGAUGAAUAUUACAGUCAUAGAUGGAAAGCUUGACGAAGUGCAUCUCCCACACUGGAUCUGUAUAGAUGGCUUCCCUCAAGUUUCAGACAAGUUUGCAGUUCUACACAAAAGCCAAUCUG